GCCAAAUAAUAGGCAACCAAUAGCCCGCGAUCCGCACGCCUCACGCAUCCUGUCCCGUCCCGUCCUGUCCUGUCCUGCACUGCGCGCAGCCGAUGCUGCAACGAUGCCCACCCGCCCGCCUGCUUGCCUGCCUGCCUGCCUGCCUGCCUGCUGCUCGACCGACAGUAGUGUACCUGCCUACCUACCUUACAUACAUACGAACCGUAUGUACAUAAUCCAGGCAGCCUGCCAUAGUCUACCCGGCCCCCUCAUCUCCCCAACGCGCCGCGCUGCACCGCCCGCUCGGCUCGCCAGCACAGUAGUCCGAAGGUGCUGCGCGCGUCGCGUAAGCCCGCAGCAAGACCGCAACACAAGGAACGACGGCGCUUCCGCAACGGGAGCAACAGCAGCAACGGCAAUAGCCGCAGCAACAGCAGCAGUACGUCAGACGGACGGACGGACAGACAGACAGACAGACAGACAGACAGACAGACAGACACGGCAAAGCAGGGCAAGCGCGCACAGGCAACGUGGGCGCGCGGCCGCGUGCGUUGCGUUGCGUUGCGCCGUGUACUACUGGUGCGAGCGAGCAAGCGCGCGCGCGCGCCGCCCAUUCACCGGGCUCCGCCGCGCGGGAUCGCGCAUAUAUACACAUGGCGAACGCGUGUUCCGUGCUGGAAUUCUCCGACGGGGCGCAACGGCGGGCAACGGCGACGCGAGAGCACGGAACGGCCUUGCAAUAGGAAGGAACGAACGAACCCCCCUAAAAAAAAAAGGGGGGGGGGGGGGGGGGGGCGAGGGAGAGGGGUUGUCGGGACGGAGGACCGGGGACGGCAGGUGUCAGGGCGGGGCAUUGGGGGCGGGGAGGAGUUGCAGCGGUUAGGCUAUUGACGGCGCGCUGUUCUGGGGCGUUUGUUGCGAGCCGUGGGCUUGGUAGCUUCUUGCCUGCCUGGCUGCCUGACUGCCUGCCUGUCUGGUGGGUGGCCGUUGCGGCGUUGCUGCUGU